AUGAUGCAAGAAUCUGGGACUGAGACAAAAAGUAACGGUUCAGCCAUUCAGAAUGGAGCGAGCGGUGGCAACCAUUUACUAGAGUGCAGCCUGCGGGAAGUGAGAUCAAACGGCGAGACGCCUUCCGUUGAAAUUGGGGCUGCAGAUUUAGCACAUCUUCAGCAACAGCAGGUACUUGCGGCGCAGCGUCGGCAGCCUCGGCACGGCUCCCGCGCCGGCACCCGGCGGUGGGCUCCGCACGGGAGCGAUGGCUGCGUGGAGCCGGAGAAGGGGGUCGAGGUGCGGCGCUUGUCGGGAUGGAUUAAAUGGGAUGUGCCGGCGUAA